CACGCACACGCACCGCACUCUACCGCAGUAUAUUACCUUGUCUGUUCUGCCUUGGUUCACACGCGUCAGAGCCUGCAGCCCGUCGGCCACCCGCCCUGCCAAGAAGUCUUUGGAGGCGUUUUGCCUGCUUGACGUCAACGGCGACUCGCAAGGUCCAAUUCACUUCUCUCCCGAAGCGCGGCUCUACGCUGCUGUACCACCCCGCCCGCAUCACCAUGCGGUCUUCCGGCCUCAACGUGGCUGCCGCCGCCGCCCUGGCCUUCGCGGGCCUGUCCGCCGCCGCCAACGUGACCGAGUGGAAGACGCGGUCCAUCUACCAGGUCAUGAUCGACCGCUUCGCCCGCACCGACGGGUCGACGACGGCCCCGUGCAACGAUCUCUCCGUGUUUUGCAAUGGCACAUGGACUGGUCUUAUCAACAAGCUCGAUUACAUUCAAGAUAUGGGCUUCACUGCCGUCCAGAUCAGCCCCAUCGUCACCAACAUUGAGGAAGAGACGUCGGUCGGCAUGGCCUACCACGGCUACUGGACCAAGGACAUGUACGGCAUCAACCAACACUUUGGCACCCAGAGCGACUUCCAGAACCUCGUCGCCGAGCUCCACAAGCGCAAGAUGUAUGUCAUGGUUGACGUAGUGGUCAACAACAUGGCGCAAAAGUUCGACAACAAGCUCCCCCCCAAGGUCGACUUCUCGCAGUUCGACCCCUUCAACAACGAGAAGUUCUUCCACCCCUACUGCAACGUCACCAUGUGGGAGAACGCGACCGACUACCAGGACUGCUGGCUCUAUCCCUACGGCGUUGCCCUCGCCGAUCUCGACACCGACUCGAGUGCCGUCGUGCAGGAGAUGGGCAAGUGGGUCAAGGAGCUCGUGUCCAACUACUCGAUUGAUGGCCUGCGUAUCGAUGCCGCCAAGCACGUAGACGACGCUUUCCUUCCCCAGUUUGUCAACGCAUCUGGAGUCUUUGCCUGGGGCGAGGUCUUGACCGGUGUCACCACCGACAUGUGCCGGUACCAGCUCAAGGAUCUCCUCCCCGGCAUGCCCAACUACCUCGAGUACUAUCCCCUCAACGUGGCGUUCAACGGCGGCUCCAUGGAGGGUGUCUUGAAGAUGAAGCAGGAGGCUGCCACCGGGUGUACCGAUGUCCUGGCCCUCGGGUCUUUCAUCGAGAACCACGACAUGCCCCGCUUCGCCAGCCAGAACCCCGACAUGGCUCUUGCCAGAAACGCCAUGACCUAUGUCCUGUUGAACGACGGCAUUCCGACCAUUUACCAAGGCCAGGAGCAGCACUUCAAGGGCAACGGCACGCCGUUCAACCGCGAGGCUCUCUGGCUCUCGGGCUACAACACGUCGGCGCCGCUGUACCAGCUCGCCAAGACGCUGAACAAGGUCCGCAACAACGCCAUCGCACUGUCCAAGGACUACGUCGGCAAGACCUCGGAGUCCCUCCUGGCCGACACCAACCACCUCUGCCUGACCAAGGGGCCCAACGGCAGCCAGGUCGUCUUCUGCAUCAACAACUGGAGCAGCACCGGCGCCAGCUACUCGCUCAACGUCGGCGGCUUCCAGGCCAGCGACGCCGUCGUCGAGGUCCUCACAUGCACCACCAUGACCGCCGACGGCACCGGCACCAUCGCCACCUUCCAGGGCGCCGGCGAGCCCAAGGUCUACGUGCCUGCCGCCGCGCUCAACGGCACCGGCCUCUGCCCUCAGACCACGGUGGCCAAGCCAAUAGAAGGCACCAACAAGUCCAUCGCCUCGGCCGGCGCCGCCAGCAGCAUGCUGGUAGCGGCGAUGGCAGGGUUCGCCGCCCUCUUCUUCGCUCUCUAAGUCUAAUGUCAAUGGGGAGCGCAAGGAAGGGGGAGCCGGGGUCAAGCCAGCUGCAUUACAUGGCUGAGGAUGUUUUUAAUCAGGUGUCACUGUAAAUACUUUUGUGUUGCCAUAUCUCUAUCUUUUUGCGCCUUUAUUCCCUUGAGCGGCCAGUGCGUCAUUUUCCCAGCUUCUUUCUUGUGUAAGGUAGCGGUCUCGUACUUCUUGCCGGUUU